AUGCAUUAUUAUUACGUCCUUAUCGUUCUCUUUCCCUCCUACCCACUCUCGCCCUUACUCCUAACGGCCUUGUUUUAUCUUCUCUCCUUUGUCCUGCGGUCCUGCUCACCCUCUCCUUCCUCACUGUUCCUCUCCGCGCCCCAUCUCCCAACCAUCAGCAUUCACUGCAUCAGAGAAUCUGUUGCAAGCCUGCAGGGAUGGCCUCUGUUCCGCAACUCACCCAUACCUUCCUCUCUUCACCCUUCCCUGAACCUGUCCAUUCCCUUAUCCCACCCGCCCAUGCCCUCCCCCCGCCCGUCCAUGCCCGCAUCACACAGAGUGGACGGCAAGCUAGAGGAGGUGCUCAACCCCAAGAAGAAGCUCUUUGAGAAGCUGCCCCCACCUUCCCAUCCCCCAUACCCCCACCCACCUUAUACUCCCACCCACCUCUCCCACCCGCACCUGUCCAUCCCUCAUCCCAUCAGAGUGGACGGCAAGCCAGAGGAGGUGCUCAACCCUAAGAAAAAGCUCCUUAAGAAGCUACAGCCGUUUCUGCGCACGGACGGCACGGGGGUGGCCAUGUUCCAGGACACACCCAUGAUGACGUUAGCAGGGCCAUGCACAUCCACGGUUCAGGAACAACCUGCGCCUGAGCACUUCUCUCCGCAGCCGCAGCUAGCGCCAGACGCGCACUUCACUCCCUUUGCCUCUCUGCAAGCGCACCAUCCGCCAGAGCAGCUCUCCCCACAGCGGAAGUUAGCACCAGAUGUGCAUCCGCCACUUCCGCCCCCUCCGCAAGCGCACCCCGCGCCUGAGCAGUGCUCCCCGCAGCUGCAGUUUGCGCCGGAGCAGCCUUCUCCGCAGCAGCAGCUCGCGCCAGAGGCGUAA